UUUUGACGUUCUUAGUUGACGGUCACACAGCGCACCGAGCUGCGUUUUUCGUUGAUAAUUUUUAAAUUUAUUUAUUAGUUUAUUAGUUGGAAAUAGAGCUGCCUCCAACUGCCCGCUGACUUCGGAAAUAUCGGUCCGGUCCACCGCCCUCCGCUUUAACACACCAUUCGGAAAUCGAUAUAUACGCUGACGGUAAUUGGAGAACGUUUUUUCCAUUUUAUCUCCACCUUGUCCGCACUUCGUUUUGUGCUCUCUUUGUGCGCUGCCUCCGCUUAACAUUUGGGCCUUUAAAAAACACACACAAGCAGAAAGCCCCGCCGUGUGUGCCUGUGCAAUUGUUUAAUAACGUCCAGUGAGAUGGGCCAUUGGCCAAAAUGCAAUAAGAAUAUGUGUGUGCAAUAAUAAUAGGGAACGGUACGGUACGGUGCCCCAAAACAUGAAAAUGGUGCUAGACGCUCCUAACGCCGUGCCGAGCUGGCAUAUUUUGCUUAGCGACGCCGUCGGCACCGUUUUUCCCGGCCACGAACUCUGCUCGAGGAAUUUACAACAAAAACAAUGAAUUAAAUGGCCCUGUCUUAAUGACGUCACAAGCGUAGCAGAGUGCAACAGACAGACAACAAUGACCGAUGAGCAUAAAAGUAACAUUAACAGUAACAGCAGUAACUCCAGCAACAACAAUAACAGCAAUAACGACAACAACAGUAACGACGACGCAGCAAGUAGCAGCAACAGCAAAAACAACAACACCAGCAACGAGAGCAGCCGCAGCAACAACAAUACUAGUAGCAUAAUUGCAGAGGCGGCCGCCAAGUUUCUACUGAAAAAUGGCCUAAACGGUAGUAGCAGCAGCAGCAGCAGCAGCUUUCCCCCUCUGCCACCGCCUCUGCCCACCAACUUAAGCAGGACGACCACCCCCACGCCAACGACCACGCCCUCAUCCUCCAGCUCCACCGCCUCAAAUGGCUUUUUGCCGCAUGCCAAGACGCCCAAAAGUAGUAGCAUUAUGGCUGCGUCCGCCGCAGUGGCAGCCAGCGUCGUUGGAGCUACUGCGUCCAAGCCCACCAUCGAUGUCCUGGGCGGCGUCCUGGACUACAGUUCCUUGGGCGGAGCUGCAACAGGCUCACUGCCCACCACUGCAGCAGUAGCGGCGGCAACAGGAACGACGAAGAUUGGCAAGGGAAGCAACUCCGGCGGAAGCUUUGAUAUGGGCAGGACACCAAUAUCGACGCACGGCAACAACAGCUGGGGCGGCUACGGUGGCCGUUUGCAGUUCUUCAAAGAUGGCAAAUUUAUAUUGGAACUGGCACGGUCCAAGGAUGGCGAAAAAAGCGGCUGGGUCUCGGUCACGCGCAAGACCUUCCGCCCUCCAUCGGCGGCCACCUCCGCAACUGUGACCCCAACGUCGGCGGUGACCACAGCGUAUCCAAAGAACGAGAAUUCCACAUCGCUGAGCUUUUCGGACGACAACAGCUCAAUACAAUCCUCACCCUGGCAGCGAGACCAGCCCUGGAAACAGUCCCGACCCAGACGCGGCAUAUCUAAGGAGCUUUCGCUCUUCUUCCACCGCCCCAGAAACAGUACGCUUGGCCGGGCUGCUCUCCGAACAGCCGCUCGGAAACGACGGCGCCCUCAUGAGCCGCUGAGCUCCAGUGAGAAUCAGCUGCCCAUUUUCGCGACGGUAGUCAAGGCGGAAAAUGGCGACGAUACUCUUAAAGCGGAGGCUGCAGAGGCCGUUGAAACUGAUAAUAUCGCUGCGGCGGCGGACACAUCUACAAAUGAGAUUAAAAUAGAAAACCCGGAAACGAUCAAAGGCCAGGAUGUUGCUGAACGGCUUGAAAAUGAGCCAAAGAAGGCGGUUAGCGAUGACAGCGAGUCAAAAACAGCAUCGCCCGCUCAGCAGGUUGAUACACAACUAAAUGAUGAGACUGUUGAGAAGAUGAAUAUGAGCGAGGAUGAGGAAGCCAUGACAGAGCUGCCCAGAAUCACGAAUGUCGUUAAUGGUAACCUAAACGGUGAUCUAAAGGCGAACAUUAAGAAACCCAAACCGAAGCCGAAAGCCAAGCUCAGCAGCAUCAUACAGAAACUUAUCGAUGGCGUUCCAGCACGCCUUGAGCAAAUGUCGAAGACAUCAGCUGUGAUCGCAUCGACAACGACGUCUGUAGAGCGCAUUGGUGGUGGUCUAAGUCACGCCUUGACGCACAAAGUUUCUCCACCCUCAUCGGCGACUGCAGCCGGCCGACUAGUCGAGUACCACACCCAGCACGUGUCGCCCAGGAAGAGAAUCCUGCGCGAGUUCGAAAAGGUAUCUCUGGAGGACAACGGAUGUGUAAACAACGGCAGCGUUGGAGCUAGUAGCAGUGGAGCUGGAGGAAAACGGAGUCGGGCAAAAGCAACUUCGACUUCGUCUCCGGCUGGCAAGGCGUCACCGAUGAACUUGGCCCCACCCCAAGGAAAGCCCAGCCCCAGUCCCAGCUCCAGUUCAUCCAGCACUUCGCCAGCGACCUUGUCGACACAGCCAACGCGGCUCAACAGCUCUUACAGUAUCCACUCUCUGCUAGGUGGAAGCAGCGGUAGCUCAUCCUCCUCCGGCAAGAAGUGCGGCGAUCAUCCGGCAGCUAUUAUCAGCAAUGUGCACCACCCACAGCACUCAAUGUACCAGCCUAGUUCCUCAAGCUAUCCUCGCGCUCUGCUCACCUCGCCUAAGUCUCCUGAUGUGAGUGGAAGCAAUGGAGGAGGCGGAAAAUCGCCCUCGCAUGCGGGAACUAAGAAACGUUCGCCACCGUACUCGGCGGGAUCACCCGUAGACUAUGGUCACUCCUACUACAGGGAUCCCUAUGCGGGAGCAGGACGUCCUUCCACAUCGGGCUCAGCAUCGCAGGACCUGUCGCCGCCGCGCUCUUCCCCGGCAUCGCCUGCCACGACACCGCGCACUGUUCCCAAAAAGACUGCAUCAAUCCGACGCGAGUUCGCUUCGCCGUCGGCCAGCAGCAGUAGCUGUCCCUCGCCCGGCGACCGGAGUGCAUCGCCUCCUGAACGACGGCACAUGCAGCAACAACCGCACCUCCAGCGGAGUUCGCCGCUGCACUACUAUAUGUACCCGCCACCGCCCCAGGUGAACGGGAACGGAUCAGCCGGAAGUCCAAACUCAGCGCCGCCGGCGUCAAACAGCAGUGCAGCUGCUGUAGCGGCGGCAGCAGCGGCUGCAGCCGCCUACAUUCCCUCGCCUUCGAUAUACAACCCGUACAUAUCCACACUGGCGGCGUUGAGGCACAACCCGCUGUGGAUGCACCACUAUCAGACAGGAGCGCCGCCCCUGCUGUCACCACAUCCACAAGCCGGUAGUUCAGCAGCCGCCGCUGCUGCAGCUGCUGCUGCGAGAUUAUCGCCCCAAUCGGCCUAUCACGCAUUCGCGUAUAACGGAGUGGGAGCAGCUGUUGCCGCUGCAGCAGCAGCCGCCGCCUUUGGACAACCGGCUCCCAGUUCCCACACGCAUCCGCACUUGGCUCAUUCGCACCAGCAUCCGCACCCGGCUGCACUGACCACUCACCACUCUCCCGCUCACCUGGCCACGCCAAAACUGACUGAUAGUAGUACCGACCAAAUGUCUGCAACAUCCAGUCAUCGCACCGCCUCCACUUCGCCGAGCAACUCGAGCGCAUCAGCCUCCUCCUCGGCGGCCACUUCUGGCGCCAGCUCCUCCGCAAUGUUUCAUACUAGUAGCCUAAGGAAUGAACAAAGUUCAGACUUACCACUGAAUCUGUCAAAGCACUGAGACAUACACACGCCCCAGCUGCCCCAGUUUCUGGGCCAACCAUUCGAGUUAAGAACAUUUUCGCACUAGUAGCGCUUAAGACGACAUUCAAUACACGUAAUUUAAUUUGAUAAGUUCGCCGAUAGUCUAGUUGUAACCUAAUUGUUUAAACCUAAGCCUAAUCCUAGGUUCUCAGUUAGGGACGAACAUUUUAAAAUCGCAUACAAAAAGAGAUGAUAAACUCAACUAUAUUUUUAAACCUGUUCCAGAACCUUUUAUAGAGUCAGUUAAGAAAUGUUCUUUUCUACAAACUGGACAAAUUAUGCAAAGGAAUUUUAUUCUAUACCGACUAAUGGAAAGAAAUACUAAUAAAAACAUUUUCUAUAGGAUGUAUAAAAUGCAAGUCUUUAAGAAUCUCAAAAAAGAGUUACGUUUUUUUUCAUCAAAACAUUUCCUUGAAACAGACUGAACCUGAUUUUUUUUAGAAAAAAAUGAAAAACUUAGUUACGAAUCGCAGCAUAUAACAUUUUAAAGUAUAUUUAACAAAACUACAAGAACAGAUUUUUAUAAAAUGCUUGUGCCUUUUAAAAUGGAAACAAAACUAGGGAUACAAAAAUUAAUAUUAAAAAAAAGAAAAACAAGUUUACUAUAAACACAUAAAUAUGCAAGCAUGCUUAGGUAUUCUAUAACGAAAACUUUAGAAAUCCUUUAUAUCGUGGUCCAAAAUGAAGUUGACAGGAAUUUGCUUUAUGCAGAUUGUAUACGACUCCAACUGUUUCAGUACAUAUAUAAAUGAUUUUUUGUAUUAUUUUGCAAUAAUCAUUUUGAAUUAGUUUAAAGAUACAAACAAUCUAUAAAAUCUCUACACUUCAAAUUAAAAGAGUUCCCGAUGGUCUACAAUUUAAUGAUAGAUUGUAAGAAUUAAAAUUUAUCUUUAUUCAAAUCGAAAAAAUAGUUUGAAGUUUGAAUUAGAAUCCUCGGCGGAUUUAAGUUUAACCCUCACGGUUGUUGUCAUUAUCUAAAAUGUUGUAUAACUCUGCCUAGUGCAAAUUCUCUGUCAGUGGCUGUCCAAUCAAAAACAAAUAAAAUGUACAAAAAAUCCA